AUGUUUUGGAUCUUUGACUCGAAUGGCAACGACUCGAACAGCCGGAUAUUGGGACGACGUGAACAAGUGUCCCGCGACGAAAUGGUCGACAAGGAAAAAGCGACGAACAGCAGGGAGGCCACCCCUCAAAUCAGCCCCAACUCUACUGCAGCAAUCGAGAGCAAAUUGACCGCCACCCCGCUUUCACGCUACAAACGACAACACUUACUGCAAUCGAGCCUGACUUUCGGUGACGAGGACGCCAAACCCUCUCCCACAGUGGUCGUCAAGCAAAUUGAAGUCAAGGCGGAAACCGUUCCUUCUUAUGCACGCUCAACCGAAGCGGCACGCAAGAAAGUGGCUGUGGUUUCUGGUGUGGUGGUCGAGAACAAUCAUGAUAAGAGCCAAUCCGUGUCGCGAAGUGACUUUGCCGGGGUGCAAGGGGAUCGCGUGGAAGUUCGACGACCAAAGGAAAACCAGAUAUUUGAGCGACACGCAAAUGGCAUAAUGGGUACCUCCAUGACAAGAAGUGACUACUCCCCGAAGAAGGGCGAUCGCUAUGAAAUCAGGAAGCCCGUCGACAGUAAAAUCUUCGAAGUAAAAGGCGGCAUCGACGGUCAAAGCCAGAAUCAGAAGGACUUCCAAGCAGGACGAGGCGAUCGCUAUGAUGCUGUGAAGCCUGGAGCAUCAGACAUCUGGAACAAGGAAGGCGGCGUCGAGCAGAUGACCGUCAACCGCAGCGAGUACAGCGCCAAGGCCGGCGAACGCUACGAUGUCGUCAAGCCGAAGGAGUCGGACUUGUUGAGGGGAGACGGCCACUUCGAAGGCCAGACCCAGAAUCAGAAGGACUUCCAAGCAGGACGAGGCGAUCGCUAUGAUGCUGUGAAGCCUGGAGCAUCAGACAUCUGGAACAAGGAAGGCGGCGUCGAGCAGAUGACCGUCAACCGCAGCGAGUACAGCGCCAAGGCCGGCGAACGCUACGAUGUCGUCAAGCCGAAGGAGUCGGACUUGUUGAGGGGAGACGGCCACUUCGAAGGCCAGACCCAGAAUCAGAAGGACUUCCAAGCAGGACGAGGCGAUCGCUAUGAUGCUGUGAAGCCUGGAGCAUCAGACAUCUGGAACAAGGAAGGCGGCGUCGAGCAGACGACCGUCAACCGCAGCGAGUACAGCGCCAAGGCCGGCGAACGCUACGAUGUCGUCAAGCCGAAGGAGUCGGACUUGUUGAGGGGAGACGGCCACUUCGAAGGCCAGACCCAGAAUCAGAAGGACUUCCAAGCAGGACGAGGCGAUCGCUAUGAUGCUGUGAAGCCUGGAGCAUCAGACAUCUGGAACAAGGAAGGCGGCGUCGAGCAGAUGACCGUCAACCGCAGCGAGUACAGCGCCAAGGUCGGCGAACGCUACGAUGUCGUCAAGCCGAAGGAGUCGGACUUGUUGAGGGGAGACGGCCACUUCGAGGGCCAAACCCAGAAUCAGAAGGACUUCCAAGCAGGACGAGGCGAUCGCUAUGACGCUGUGAAGCCUGGAGCAUCAGAUAUCUGGAACAAGGAAGGCGGCGUCGAGCAGAUGACCGUCAACCGCAGCGAGUACAGCGCCAAGGCCGGCGAACGCUACGAUGUCGUCAAGCCGAAGGAGUCGAACUUGUUGAGGGGAGACGGCCACUUCGAAGGCCAGACCCAGAAUCAGAAGGACUUCCAAGCAGGGCGAGGCGAUCGCUAUGAUACAGUACGACCUGGCGCAUCAGACAUCUGGAACAAGGAAGGCGGCGUCGAGCAGAUGACCGUCAACCGCAGCGAGUACAGCGCCAAGGCCGGCGAACGCUACGAUGUCAUCAAGCCGAAAGAAUCCGACCUGCUUCGAGGUGAUGGUCACUUCGAAGGCCAGACGCAAAAUCAGAAGGACUUCCAAGCAGGACGAGGCGAUCGUUACGAUGCUGUGAAACCUGGAGCAUCAGACAUCUGGAACAAGGAAGGCGGCGUCGAGCAGAUGACCGUCAACCGCAGCGAGUACAGCGCCAAGGCCGGCGAACGCUACGAUGUCGUCAAGCCGAAAGAAUCCGACCUGCUUCGAGGUGAUGGUCACUUCGAAGGCCAGACGCAAAAUCAGAAGGACUUCCAAGCAGGACGAGGCGAUCGUUACGAUGCUGUGAAGCCUGGAGCAUCAGACAUCUGGAACAAGGAAGGCGGCGUCGAGCAGAUGACCGUCAACCGCAGCGAGUACAGCGCCAAGGCCGGCGAACGCUACGAUGUCGUCAAGCCGAAGGAGUCGGACUUGUUGAGGGGAGACGGCCACUUCGAAGGCCAGACCCAGAAUCAGAAGGACUUCCAGGCAGGACGAGGCGAUCGCUAUGAUGCUGUGAAGCCUGGAGCAUCAGACAUCUGGAACAAGGAAGGCGGCGUCGAGCAGAUGACCGUCAACCGCAGCGAGUACAGCGCCAAGGCCGGCGAACGUUACGAUGUCGUCAAGCCGAAAGAAUCCGACCUGCUUCGAGGAGAUGGUCACUUCGAGGGCCAAACCCAGAAUCAGAAGGACUUCCAAGCAGGACGAGGUGAUCGUUACGAUGCUGUGAAACCUGGAGCAUCAGACAUCUGGAACAAGGAAGGCGGCGUCGAGCAGAUGACCGUCAACCGCAGCGAGUACAGCGCCAAGGCCGGCGAACGCUACGAUGUCGUCAAGCCGAAAGAAUCCGACCUGCUUCGAGGAGAUGGUCACUUCGAGGGCCAGGCCCAGAAUCAGAAGGACUUCCAAGCAGGACGAGGUGAUCGUUACGAUGCUGUGAAACCUGGAGCAUCAGACAUCUGGAACAAGGAAGGCGGCGUCGAGCAGAUGACCGUCAACCGCAGCGAGUACAGCGCCAAGGUCGGCGAACGCUACGAUGUCGUCAAGCCGAAGGAGUCGGACUUGUUGAGGGGAGACGGCCACUUCGAAGGCCAGACCCAGAAUCAGAAGGACUUCCAAGCAGGACGAGGCGAUCGCUAUGAUGCUGUGAAACCUGGAGCAUCAGACAUCUGGAACAAGGAAGCCGGCGUCGAGCAGAUGACCGUCAACCGCAGCGAGUACAGCGCCAAGGCCGGCGAACGCUACGAUGUCGUCAAGCCGAAAGAAUCCGACCUGCUUCGAGGUGAUGGUCACUUCGAAGGCCAGACGCAAAAUCAGAAGGACUUCCAAGCAGGACGAGGCGAUCGUUACGAUGCUGUGAAACCUGGAGCAUCAGACAUCUGGAACAAGGAAGGCGGCGUCGAGCAGAUGACCGUCAACCGCAGCGAGUACAGCGCCAAGGCCGGCGAACGCUACGAUGUCGUCAAGCCGAAAGAAUCCGACCUGCUUCGAGGUGAUGGUCACUUCGAAGGCCAGACGCAAAAUCAGAAGGACUUCCAAGCAGGACGAGGCGAUCGUUACGAUGCUGUGAAGCCUGGAGCAUCAGACAUCUGGAACAAGGAAGGCGGCGUCGAGCAGAUGACCGUCAACCGCAGCGAGUACAGCGCCAAGGCCGGCGAACGCUACGAUGUCGUCAAGCCGAAGGAGUCGGACUUGUUGAGGGAGACGGCCACUUCGAAGGCCAGACCCAGAAUCAGAAGGACUUCCAGGCAGGACGAGGCGAUCGCUAUGAUGCUG